GAGAAGGUGUCCUUCCCUGCAGAGUUUCCUGUUUCCAAACCUGAUGUGAUCUCCCAGCUGGAACGAGGGGAGGAGCCGUGGGUCCUGGAUCUCCAGGGCUCUGAGGAAGGAGAGAUCCUGAGAGGCGCCUGUAUGGCAGGUGCUGGGAUGAGUGAGAACGAGGAGCUGAAUCCUCAGCAGGAAGAUGCUGAGCAAGUGAAAGCACAUGGGGGAUUAUCACAAGGAUUGCAAGGGAAUGUGUCCAGGCAUCGUGUGAAGGGGAAAGCCUGUGAGAGCCAGCACAGGCCAGAGAGGCAGCAGGGAAACCAGCUAGGCGAGAAAUAUGGUAAAUCCAUUAAUUGUCAGGAGACUCUCACAGAUCCUCAAGGAAAUCACAGCCCAGCAGAGAACACCCACAGGAGAGAGAAAAAACACAUGCACCGAGUGUGGGAAACACGUCAGUAGCCGCUCAGACCUUAUAAAACAUGAGCGAAUCCACACAGGAGAGAGGCCCUAUGGAUGCGGGGUCUGCGGGAAAACCUUCAGCCAGAGCUCCCACCUUGUUCGGCAUCAGAGGAUCCACUCAGGGGAGAGACCCCAUGAGUGCGGCAAGUGUGGGAAACUGUUCACGCUGAGCUCCGCCCUCACUAGACACCAGAGGAUCCACACGGGAGAGCGACCCUAUACAUGCUGUGAGUGCGGGAAACAGUUCACUCGGAGUUCAGGUCUUCUAAUACAUCAGAGGAUCCACACAGGAGAGAGGCCCUAUGAGUGCUGUGAGUGCGGGAAAAGUUUCACUGUCAACUCAGACCUAAUUAAUCAUCAGAGCAUCCACACAGGAGAGAGGCCUCAUGAAUGCUGUGAGUGCGGGAAAAGCUUCACUCAGAGCUCAGCCCUUAUUAGACAUCGGAGGAUCCACACGAGGGAGCGACCGUAUAAAUGUUGUGAGUGCAGGAAAAGCUUCAACGUCAAGUCAGAUCUUAUUGGACAUCGGAGAAUCCACACGGGAAAGAUCCCCUAUAAAUGCUCUGAGUGUGGGAAAACUUUCACUCAGCGGUCAGCCCUGAUUACGCAUCAGAGGAUCCACACAGGAGAGCGGCCCUAUGAAUGCCGUGAAUGCAGGAAAAAAUUCACUGUCAAAUCAGACCUUAAUAGACAUCAGAGGGUCCACACGGGAGAGCGCCCCUAUGAAUGCUCUGAGUGCGGGAAACAGUUCAGUCAGAAAUCAAACCGUAGCGCACAUCAGACAAGCCACACAAGAGAAAUACCUUAUCAGUGCUGUGAGUGCGGGAAAAGCUUCAGCGUGAGCUCAGCCCUUAUAAUACAUCAGAAAAUUCACACAGGAGAGAGACCCUAUUGAUGCUCGGUGUGCAGGAAAAGUUUCAUCCGCAGCUCACACCUGAAUAGACAUCAGAGUCUCCACUGGAGAGAGCGACAGCAUCAAAACUUUGUGUAGAGCAGAGAAAAGAUUAUUUUUUAAAAUACGUUUGCUAAUUCCCACACAGUGACCUUUUGGUUUGUUGGCACCGUUUGUGUCACCCUGUUCUCUCAUGUAAGUUGCCCACUUUUGCCUUUUUGCAGGUUGGCCUUCUCUGGGGUGAAUUACUUAAGGAGACAAGUUGCGUAACCUUUUACCCAAUUAGACUGAAUGGAUCAUUGACUUCCCCACUUCUCUGCAAAGUGAAGAGGUAUGACGUCUGCCAGGAGAGGCCCACGGU